UUUCCUACACUCUUUUCAAAUGAAAUCAACACACGUCCUUUUAUUUCUAAUGCCCGAACUUCUAUCAGCGUUCGCAUACAGGAUAGCAUCGUCUGGAGAGCUAUUAGAAAUUGAUAGUUCCAAGCCCAUUGCUCGAUAUUUAAAAGGCAACUCCAAACAAUACUGCAAAUGGUGCAACAUGAGACCUGAGAAACAAUACGGUAAGAACGGGAGCCCAGUAAGGGAUAUGCAGCCAGCAGAAGAAAUAGACCUGUUCGAUAUACCCAUCUACGCAGCCUUAACCCAGGACCAAGGGAACCUCGAUAAGCAAAGACUAUCUGAUUUCAUUGGGAGAUAUUUUUGAAUUAAAUGCAUUGGGCUAUU